AUGCUCGCUAGCGAAGGUGAAAGCAAGUUUGAGCAACAGGUGCAAGCCUGGUCCGACCGUCUGGCCAUGCUCAGACUUAGGUUGAACGUCAAAAAGACUGAGUACUUGACCAUCGAUCCGAAGGAACCAAGCUCUAUCAAGAUCAAUGGUACCGAGAUCACGCGGACAACAACAUUCAAGUAUCUUGGAUCGGCAACUGCCUUACGACAGAUUGGUUUCGAAACGAUUCUCGCGUGA